AUGGACAUCCAGAAGGCGUGCAAAGAAUUAUUAUCGAGAAUCGAACAAAUCGACGUGAGAAGCUCGCUUCAUUCCUCGAACGCGUCGAAAGAACAAGUCGUCCUGUUAAAUUCCUUAUUGAACAGUGAUAUUCCCCAAAAUGAUUAUAAAAUCUUAAACGUCGUGUCCGAAUUACUUUUGCAUCCUUUGCUGACCCUAUCAGUUUCAGAAUUAUUUCGUCCUAUCCUCAUCGACCUUGUUUCCCGCUGGUUAUUACCUAAUGAAGUUUAUCGCGACGAUAUGAUGGUUGACAAGGGUGCAGUUUUUCACGUAGAAAGGGUUGCCCUCGCGUUCAGCAAGUUACUACCUGUAUCCGUUUCAUUCUUUUCACGCUCUCCCUCACUUCUUUUGAGACUUGAUUCAAUGUAUAAGAGUCCCACCAUCGAAGAGGUGAAUUCGUCGGCAGUUACAAAAGACAUAAAAUGCCUACUGACGAUUGCCUAUCAACUUUUAAGAUUUUCCGCGAGAACAUUUGUCCCCCUGUGGAAUUGGUCUUCUCUUUUUCAGCUGUUAACAAGUUCCGAUGAAUCGAUUCGUUACUUAGCCAUUCAGUGUAUAAGUAUUGUCUUUGAGAUGAGCAACGCGCAACGCGAAAUUGCACGUCAAAUAUGGGUUUUCCCUAAAGGGGGAAAUGUUUUUAUAGAUUGGAAAGACAUCGAGACUUGUGACAUUAGAAUGCUGACUCUGCUGGAACAGGGAUCAAUCGCCAGGCAACAAAUUUCUCUGUAUCAAAAUGGUCUUGAUGAUUCUGCCCUUUCAAUAUCCUCUGAACUUGAAAAAAAUUUAUCAAGCUUAACUGUCAAUAUUUCGGGAAUUCUAUUGCCUCGAUCUACUCGACCAAUAAGCGUAGAAUGUUUAAGGAGCAAACAGCGCAUCGUGAUGACUGAGACAACCCAAAAAAAUUUGAGUGCAAUAUGUUUCGCCAUUUCCGUCGGUCUACCGGUGUUGUUGGAGGGUGAAACUGGUUCCGGAAAGACGGCCUUGGUAGAGGAGAUCGCGAUUGCAACUGGACGUGAUGAAG